UCCUUUUUCCUGGGUGUCCAACGCAAGCAGAGGCGGGAUCACGGCGCCUGAUCAUCCUGUGCUGGUGCGAGCUCUGCCUCUGGAGGUCUCCGCGGGAUCUCCCAGGGAGGGGCCGGCGGCUCGAAGGAGAGGCCUGGCGCGCGUGUGUGCCAGGGUACUCACCGAGCUCCGAGCUGUACAACAAAAUGCAUCUGCGAACGCAUCCCCUUUUCCAUGUUUGCACGACGCGCUGUGCCUUGCAAGCGGGCAGCAUGUCGCUCCGCUCCGCAGGGCGGGAGGCGCGGAAAAGCUCGGCACGUGGACGCUGAGGGCCCGCGACACGGGCCUCCGGAAAAACUGGGGAGCACGCGUGCCAUGUUCAUCGGGCACACGAGGUAGUGGGGGAAGGCGUCAGGGUCUGAGCAGCCGAAAAGACAGGAGCAGGCUGGAGCACUGGGAAGUCGGGCGGACGUGGUCCACGCCCCUGCCAGGGUUUUGAUAUGGGCCCAGGCCCAGGAGGGAGGGGUGCGGGCAAAAAGAACACGGAGGGCACACCAUCGAUUCUCCAGCUCAGGAACAGAGGGCACGGCCUCGGGUGGAAGCCAGGACAGGAGGCGGCGGCGGAGAAGGGAGGGAAAGACGUCAGGGAAGAGGGACGAGCAGAGGAUACGGGAGAGCACUCUCUGUGGACGUGGGCGGCGCUCCUCAGAUGCUGCCGCCUCAAUCUCACCUGCCGCAGCUGUCGUCGCUGCAAGCCACUGUCCCGCCUCCACACCAGGAGCGUGGCUGAGAGAGGACUCUAGGAAUUCGGCAAUCGAAACAGAUCGGGCCCAACAGGCGGGCGAGACGCGACCUGCUGCCAUGGCGCUCAGGGGGCCAACCAUCUGCCCGUGAGAGCGGAGGAGCAGGAGAGGUUCCGCCCACCCCCUAGGCCCGUCCCGAGGAAGAGUGAGGGUGGCCGUCCGCCAGGCCGAUGAGGCGGCGAGGACACGGGCAGACCGCGGGACUGCCGAUGGGAGCCAGGCACUGAUGCCUAGCAGCUCUUUGAGGCCGAAGGAGUUGGGUGGGAGACGGAGGAGACGGUGGAGGACGUGGCGCUCAGCCCGAAGGAGGGACGAGGAAAGGGGGAAGAGCUGACAGACAUAGCUGAGGACUGGGAGAAUGCAUGAGUUGUAAAGCCUGCAGCAAGACUCCGCAGGCGCUCGGGGGAGGGCCGUCUCGGCCGUCCGCGAGCGCCAUUUCCUGAUCGGGGCAGCCCACUGAUGGUCUAUAGUGGCUGCGGGUCCAAACUCUAUGCCCAGAAAAGUAGUGCGACCGCGCACGUGAAAGCCAGCCCACUCUGGGACCAGGCUCGCUAUGAGAUGCUCGAAUCUAUCUUGGACCAUUGGUGUGCACUCCUCAGCCAGGGGGACAGCGCAGCAUUUUUCGGGCUGGAGGACGAGGUUGGCCAGAGUGCGGGCGGCUUCGAAUGGUGGGAGGAGGUCGGGAAGGAUCGAAAUCGAGGGGAGGGAAAUACCCACGUCAUCCGCCGUCGCUCCACACUCUGGGUAUAAACCUGGGCACCAUCUGAACGGGCUUGGGCACAUCGCUCUGGCUGAAGGACUGGAAACCUGGGCCUCGAGGAGCCCAAGAUGGCUGAAAGGGCCCCAAAUGACCCCAGAUUGCCCCAAGACUCGUCGGCGACAGGCGGAAAAGGGAGGGGGAAAACUGUUCCUCGAGCGUCCAACGCUCCACGGGGGGAAGUGGCACUCGUGGCCCGUCCGGGAAAAACACUGGUCGGGAGUCAGAGGCGUAGGUCGGGCGUGUCCCCCUACAGGCGGAUUUUGG